ACCACACCAGGCGCGCUGCGGCCCCUCUCACCUCGUCCCCGCCGCCUUCCCCACGGUGGGGGGAGGGACGCGCCCGGGAGCCCGCGGCGACACGGGUGGGUCCGCGUGCCCGCCGCGCGCGGCUGACAAAGAGCGGGACCGCGCCAUGCGGACGCGCGACCGAGGGCCGAGCGGGCGCCGGGGCCAGCGACCGAGACGCGGGGCCGGGAAGCGACCUUCCCUAUCCGGCCCUGCCCGCUCUCGCAGCCCUCUUGCUGGCCCGGAGGGCUCCGUGUCCCAUUUUCCCGGAAAACACUUCUCCCUUCGGCGCAGGCAGCGCCCGCCGAGGGAAACCCCAGCUCCGCGCUCCCUGGCACCGGCCGCUGGGGCUGCAGGUGCGAGGGCUGCCCCUCCGGUAGAGCGCCCAGCUGGUCUACAUACCCACAGGGCUUUGAGAACUGAACGCAGGAGGGACCAGAAGGAAGCCCCAUCAUCCCCGCAGGGUAAAGGGCAGAGGGGAAGCAGACCCGGAGGGAACUCAGACCUUGCCUUCAGAGCCUUGGAAGAGUCUUCAACUACGGAGAAAACGUUUACUGAGCUCCUGCCUAGUAUUUGAGAAAAUAAGAACCAGGAGUGCCUUCUAUACUCUCAUAGUGUAGGUUAAUCAGUACACACAGUGAAGUGAAAAGCUCUUAAGUGUAUAAUUUCAU